CCAACUCCAAUUCCCAAACAAUGCCUUGUCAAAAUCCCAGGGACCUCCAAGAACCAUUGAUUCUCCCUACUAAUGAAAAAUCAAAUGGUCCAGAAAAGCUCACCAUAGAUGAUAUGCUACAAAAAUAUUGUGGUGAGUUUGGAAAGUGGCAACUAAGACACUUUAUAUUAACAAGCUUAGCUUGGGCCUUAGAGGCCUUUCAUACUAUGGUUAUGAUCUUCGCCGACCGCCAGCCGCGGUGGUGGUGUACUGGCCCGGGCUGUCGAACCCAACUUGAGGUUUGUGGGCUGUCGCCGGGCUCGUGGGAAUGGGUAGAUGGGACGGGUAGCUCCACCGUUGCUGAGUGGGGAUUGGUGUGCGGUAACAAGUACAAGGUUGGAUUGGUGCAAUCUUUGUUUUUCUUUGGCUGCAUGAUAGGAGCAGGAAUAUUUGGCCAUCUAUCAGAUUCAUCACUUGGAAGAAAAGGCUCAUUGAUGAUAGUAUGUCUAUUCAAUGGAAUUCUUGGAUGUCUAACUGCUUUAUCUCCAAAUUACUCAAUUUACACCCUCCUUAGGUUCUUAAGUGGCCUUAACACUGGUGGAGUGGGUAUGUGCGCCUUUGUCCUUGCCACUGAACCCAUUGGACCCUCCAAACGUGGGGUUGCUGGUAUAUCUACCUUCUACUUCUUCUCGAUUGGCAUUGCUCUCCUCUCCGGAAUCGCCUACAUUUUCCAGUCUUGGCGAUCUCUCUACGUUGCAUCGUCGAUUCCAUCAAUAAUCUUCGUUACAAUUGUCAUUCCAUUCAUCUCGGAGUCUCCUAGGUGGUACCUUGUACGAGGGAAAGCUAAGGAAGCGAUGGAAGUCAUGCGUCAUAUGGCAAAGUUUAAUGGUCGGACAAUCCCACAAGAUGUUGAGUUACUUCUUGACAACAAUAAUGCAAAUAAAAGUAAAGAAAGGGAAGCAAUAAACGGGUCUUUACUAGAUGUUUUAAAGUCCCCCAUCACAAGAGUACGCCUAUUUCUGGUUGUUCUAAUUAACUUUUGUUGCGCAAUUGUAUACUAUGGACUUAGUCUAAAUGUUGUCAAUCUUGAGACCAACAUCUACCUCAACGUACUGCUUAAUGCAGUUGCUGAAAUGCCGGCCUACACAUUAACGUCAAUUAUGUUGGAUAAGUUCGGGAGGAGGCCAUUAACGAUAGGAACAAUGUGGUUUAGUGGGGUGUCUUGUUUGUUGGGAAGUUUGAUGAAGAGCAACGGAAUGUGGAAGAUUUUACGGAUGAUCUCUGGGGUUUUAGGGAUUUUUGGUAUGGCAGGAACAUAUAAUUUAUUGUACAUCUAUGCUGUAGAGUUAUUCCCUACAGUGGUGAGGAACGCGGCCUUAGGAUGUGGUGCCCAAGCAUCCCAGAUGGGAGCAAUACUAGCGCCGCUUGUAGUGGUGAUGGGAGUUAGAUUGCCUUUUGUCAUAUUUUCCAUUUGUGGAAUAGUUGGUGGUUUGCUUGGAAUUUGUUUGCCUGAAACUUUGAAUCGACCCUUGUAUGAUACUAUGGUUGGCAUGGAGGAGGGUGAAGCUACUUAGGGUUUCUUUUACCUUUUUUUCUCUCUUUUUUAUUGGCGGGUAAUAGAGUGAGUAAUACAGGUAUGAUAAACCUCUAUUAGAUAGAUGUGUUAGACACAAUUUUUCAUGUAAUAAAUAUUGUUUCGCAUAACAUAUAAGGGGAAAACAACAAAAACAAUAUUUUUACA